UUCGAGGUGGCCGUAAGUGCUGGUGCUGUUGGAGUUUUGCAGCCGUCAAAUCUCUCUCGUCGAGGCUACACGCAGAAAGGACAAUCUCCUUUGGUCCUCGUGUGUAAACCGUGACAGAGAAGCCGUGACGGCGAGGAACAAAUUCGCGGGUGCGUCGAUAGUUUGAGGAAAAACCAUGGAGCUGGUCAGGAUCAUUUGACCCACGGGAACGACUCCAGGCUCGGUGGAUCGUGCUACCUCGCGUGAUACUACAAAUCGGCAUGCACUGCUUAGGUGCGGUGACAGGAGGCAUUCCCAGCCCAAAUGGGGUUGGCGGUCGGGGUGGCAUUCUUAGCGUGUUCCGAGCCCUUGGAGUUCUUGUGUGCGAAGGGAGGAUUCAGGGCCCUCCACGUGGCUACAAAGAGGGCCCACACUGCGCAGCGCCUAUGCAGGCGGCGCCUAAAGACCACGUGUGCGAUGAAGAUAAUUACUUGUGUGAUCGAUAUCUUGUGCUCGUUCGGGAGAUCGCGGACCGUAUAGCGAUUGGCUCGUUCCUCUGCAUCGAGGUAGUCCUUUGCAGCGAUUGUCCGUGUGGCUCGACCAAAUCCACGAACAAGAAUCCGAUCAGCACCGUGCCGUCCUUAUCGAUCUCGCCAUGGCAACACGCGUCGGAGAUGUUGCUGGAGUACUGGUGCAUCUGCAUCGUUUCCAGCAAGAGCCCAGAGACCAUGAAUUACUACGGGCUGUAUCAGGCAGUCCGUUCACGGCUACACUUCAGCCAGGUCGCCGCUUGGUGGUCCAGAAGCAAUGGCGCCGAUCCUAGUUACAUUGCAACCAGGGUGGUACCUUAUAACGAGGAGAACCUAAGGAAGUUCCGGGAAGCACCCGUGGAGCAUACGUUCCCCUUGGCUGGCAAUGGCGAUGGAAAUUCCAUCAAGGUCACCGUGUGGGCACUGCCGAGGAUGGAGGAGGUGCCGAUUCUCACCUGCCCGAUGCACCCAAUCAAAGAGAAAGACGAGGAGGGUGUCGCGAGGGCUUUGACACCCACCAAGGCGAUCACGGUUCCCAGCGGCCCGCAAAAUCCCGAGGGCCUCGUUUUGCCUGCUUUGGUGGACGACAGACUGCAAACACCGUGCAACAAGCCAGGGAAACACCAUUGUCCGUGCGAGGAGGAGGAUAUUUCACCGCCGUCGCCGGCCAUUCCGCGACAGAAUCGCGAGAGGAAACGUCGUAGGUCUCUACCUUGCGGUCCCACGGAUGCCAAUAGCUGCGCGACAGUUCAAUCUGCGCCUCUGCCCUCGGUGCAGGAAGCUGUGACGCACGAAUCGAAGGACAAUCACAGCUCGAGCUAUCCGAAAUGUUCCUCGGAGAUCGCAAACAACCGUGUGGUGAAGCAUGUGCAGAGCCAGAGCUGCAAACUCGAGGAGAACGCCAUCAGGAAUCGCAAUAAUCUGAACUCUGACAAUCUGGAGCGCUGUUUCAAGACUCAGUUGAACAUCGACGAACGAGAGGGGAACUUGGAGAAGCGUUACAAGCGAACGAUCGAGGAUCCGGAAUUGAAGCUGAUCCUGAACUACAAGGAGAAGCAGUGCAACUUGGAGAAGAAGCAGAAGGAGGCAGAUAUGAAGUUCACGGAGAAGAAAGGACUGUUCGAGAAUCUGAUACCCUUCAACUCCUCGCUACCUUGGUCUUUCGUCGAGUCGUGGAACAAUGGUAACGGGAAUUGGAAGUGUGCUUUUCAGAAUCUGCGCGGAACCAAGGAGGGUUAUUUCAACGACUUCGAGAGGACCUACAAGCCACCGGCGUGCAAAGAUUCGAACGUGGUGAUCAAUCCGUUUAGGCAACCUAGUCCUUUUCACGAGUCAAAUCCAGGCCCGUCGACGAAUAAUCGUUUGAAGCAGGCGUCCAUGAACUUCCCCUGUACGGCCCACCAGAACUGUCCUAAAUCCUCGAACAAGUUGUCCAAUCCCGAAACGGUGCGUCCUGGACAGGAAGUGAUGGAGUCUGAAUUGGACUGUGGGGCCAACAAUAAAACGAAAUCGGGCAAAGAUCUGAGCCAGUUGAUCUCGAAGCUGUCGUUUCCCGAUGACAAAGACAGGUCAAAGGAGGAAGGAGGUUUCCUCGAUUGGUUCAGCAAGGUUCCCUGCAGAGUUCUAGGCGUGGCACCGAACAACGGCUACGUGGACACUAAGGUGAAGGCCACGAACUUGAAGAGUCAAGAGCAGCAACAUGGAAACGAGGUGAGGUUCAAGAAUUGCGACUUGGAAUUGAGUCAGCAGGAGUUCGACGAGGUCCUGGCCGUCCUCAGAGACAGGACACCGUCUGAACGCAAGAGAUCGAACGUCAGGACCGCGAGAAGGCGGGAAAGAUUGGAGAAAUCGGCGGAAAGUGGUACGGAGAAGUCUUUGAUUAAGUACACGAAUUUGGAGAACAACGAGUGCUCGACGAACAACAUUGUGAACCGUUCGAAACCCUGCGAGGGUUGCAGCCACAAGCUAUGCAGGAAGAACGACCAGCAAUCUUUGGAGAAGACCAAUUACGCUGAGAUCUAUGGCAAUAAGAACACUUACAAUCCCGCCCAGAAACGGGAGAAACUUGACGGAGGAUCGAACGAGGAUCUGCAAGCGAUUAAAUGCAAUAACUCGGAGAAACGAACGAACGAGGCCGUAGACUCGUUGCAGAACAUGUCGAACAAGGCGGAUAUAUUAUUGGGAGCAAUUUUACGAACCAGCAAAGACCUACGGAACCUGUCCGAUGUGUCGAAUGGGACCAAGUCGAGGUCCGUGUUGUCAGCGUCUAUCAGCGAGACGGAGAACGAACGGAACAACAACGUAGCUAACGAGAAGGUGCAACAGGAACAGAGAACUGUACUAUCGGAGGACGAGAAAUCUCUUCCUAUGUCGUUGAACAAGGGGUUCAAUCGAUUCAGGCAGCUCUUCAAGAAGGAGCACGAGAAGAAAACGACCUCGACCGUGGAGGACAGUUCGCAGGAUCCUGUCCAACAAUCAGGUCAACGUUCGUACUCGUACAACAACGUCCAGCUGAAUCUGCACGAUCCAAAGAACCGGAGGGACAACAAGGUGAAGAGGAGGAUAGACUUCUCGAACUUCAGCGAGGAAACGGAGAAACGUGAGGCGUGCCCCGACCCUUCAGAGCUUAGUACAAAUGACGCACAUCAAAACUCAAGAACCUAUAGUACAAAUUACAAGGAGGAUAAUGGCUACGACGACGUUGGGACGUCUAUAUGGCAGAACAGGUUGUAUAGUACAAACGACGAUGAUAGCAGAGUGGAACAUAAGGAGGAAGACGAAGGAACCAGGUCGAUAUUACGCAAGGAUCCUGUUUCGAGUCCUGGCAAGAGUAGCGGUAGUUACUCGUCCGCCAAGAUUCGAAACGGUGGAAAGGAUAACGUCGGUACGGAAGAGGAUGAAACUGUGGACAAGGCGGUACCGACCGCCGUUGAACAGGAACGAUUUCGACGAUCUCUGGAGAACGCAGCUUCGAUGGUGUUCCAUAGUAGAACCGGUUUACCGUUGACUUCUAGCCCGGCACCGUUGAGAAGAGGCAGCUGUUGCUUCGAUUACGAUAGCAGCUUGAAUUCCGUCUCGUCGAAGAGAAGCGCAUUGUUCGAAUUGAACACACCGCCGAGUCCAGGCGCAGUGUCGCUGGAGGAGACUGACAGAGAGACACCGAAGAGACGCUCGUCUUCUCGCAGCAGACCCCAGGGUCACGCUCUUCUAGGCAACUUCGAGGAAUCAGCAUUGAACGGUAGACUCGAACCAGUGUCGACGGUUCACGGUUUCACAGCGGAAUUGGGCGCGAGUGGUUCCUUCUGUCCGAAACAUCGAAAGCUUCCAGUCACUGUGUUCUUCUACACGCUCGGCGACAAUGACAAAGUUUCUACGCCCUAUCUCGCACAUAUUAAUUUGGGCAAACGGGGCUACCAAGUACCAAGAAGCGGUACUAUACAAGUAACGCUUCUCAAUCCCUUGGGUACAGUCGUUAAGAUGUUCGUAGUACUAUACGAUCUUUCUGAUAUGCCACCACGAUCUCAUACUUUUUUACGUCAGAGAACACUGCGGGACAAAACACUACGCUACCUCGUACAUCUUAGAUUUAUGUCUGGCAAGACUGGCCGGAUUUACUUGCAUACGGACAUUCGUAUGAUUAUUUGUCGCAAGUCCGACGUCGACACGGCGUCGGACUUCGGGUCAGAGUCACCAAAGGAACUGCAGAGCUACAUCCACGGUCCUACCAACCCGAAAUUCUCACCCAGGAGCUGAAGUACGUGGCUUUUUCCAUGGGGUUGCUGCCCGUCGCUCCGCUCACCUAGUCCCAUACACGCAGAGGUUUAACGGAGACCAGAUUUUGGCGGGAAAAAUUCCAAAAAUUCCUAAAUCAUUUCUCAGGAUUUCUUUUUGGGAGAGGAAAGAUGUAGUAUAUUUUAAAGGAAAACAGAGUGGCCAUUGAUCGUUAGACUUUGUUUUUUUUUUUUUUGGAGAAGGUACCACAGUUGGAAGAGGAGAGGGUUUUUUUUUUGUUUUUUGAUUUUUUGACAGAGAGAAGGAACGUUUGUUGAGAACGAUCAUUUCGAGAGGACAUAAAGAAGGUUGUAAAAUGAAAAUGGCUAAGUCGAGAGAAAGAUUUUUUGUAGUACAGUAAGAUCGUUGUUUGCGAAUGCAAGGUAUAAGUUUAAAGGGUUUUGAUAAGGUAGUCGUGUCUUUGAAUGAUUAUCGCGAAAGAAUGCGAGGGGGCAAUUUAACCGUACGAAGGGUGAAAAUUUCGUGGAUGAGGGAGGAUUCUUGAGAAUAAUAUUUCGGAAGAGGCAUACCAAGGGGAACAUUGAGAGCCGCUUCGUUUUAUUGUUUUAGCAUCGAUAUAUUUUCUGCUCGGUUAAUCGGCUAAUGUUUAUUUUUUAAAUACGAGAAACAAAAA